AUGGCUAGAUCUAUGAUGGUACAUGCUGGCGUUAAUGAAUAUUUAUGGGCAGAGGCUGUAAACACUGCAGCGUAUAUACGUAAUAGAUGCCCAUCAAGGCAAUUGGAAAAUAAAACACCAUAUGAAAUGUGGUUCGGUAGAAAGCCGAAUGUUGAUCAUUUGAAAACUUUUGGUUCGUAUGCGGAGGACAAUAACAACUGUGAAAUACCUCGUAAGGCAGAGGAUUAUUUAACAAUAUAUUUGUGUGAUGGUGAUAGCAGUGCAGCUGUAGUUGACAACGAUUGCCAACCUUCUGUGCAGAAAAGUGAAGACGAUGAAAACUAUGAUACGGCAGAUGAUGACAAUGAAUCUGAAGAUGGUAAUGGAGCAGGACAGAAAACUAUUGGUCCUGGAGGCCUAAGAUAA